UCAAACAAUAAUUUCAAUUAUCAUUAUCUACCGAUUUCUCGUCAUCAUUUGAGUACUAACAGGCUCUCUGUACUAACAUUUCAGAAAAGUUUCAAGCUACAAUGAUGUUCCAACACCUAUUGAUAUACAUUUCUGUAUUAUUUACAACAAUAUGUUCUGGAACUGAUCAUUUUGAAAUUUAUGGAGGAAAAGAUGCGGUCCUUGGCCAAUUUCCGUUUGAAGUGUCGAUUCAACUCUGUGAUUGGUUUACUUGUGAACAUAAUUGUGGUGGAUCAAUUGUUGCUCCAAACUGGAUUGUCACUGCUGGGCAUUGUUAUUCUAAUUAUGCGAAAUAUAAAGUUGUUGCUGGUAUUGUUAGUCUGAAAGAUCAUAACGAAAACAGACAAGAGCUUGAUGUAAUAGGACACAUUCUUCAUGAACAAUAUAGAGGGUUAUUUUCAGACUGUAUGGAGAAAUUGAAUGAGAUUCUGAAGGUUUCGGGAAAUACAUUUAAUGUGUCGGCAAAUAUUUGCUCUGAUAAUGUCGAAGAAAAUUAUGGCAUUUGUUUUGGAGAUUCUGGUGGCCCACUUGUGUAUGAAAAUAAGCUUGUUGGUAUUUCUUCCUGGGGUAUUCUGCCAUGUGCAUCAAAAAAAGCACCAUCUGUAUACACCAAGGUUAGCUACUAUAGCGAUUGGAUCAAAAACCAUAUAGCGUCGCUCAACUGAGAUAUAUACAUACUCGUAUAUCAUCACAUAUUAAUUACAUUUAUAUUUCAGAAAA